AUGUACGAGCAGGCAGAGCCUGUCCGGUCGCCUUUCUCCGGCCCCGACAGCCGCCAACCCAGCGGGCCGCCACCCCAACCCCGUCCCGUCCGACAGAGUGGUUCACGCGGGCGUGUCCGCCAUGGCAACGGCGCUUCUGACAAGCAGCGGGAAGACCAGGACACGUCUUCACACACGUACAAAAACGCCGAGGAGGUGAAACGUUACGCAACGUCUGCAGACCGCGCGUAUCCAGGUGGAGCGAGCGGCCGCCGGGGUCUGUGUAGCUUCCUCCGCGCCCGCAGCAGCUGCCUGGCCGCCGGCAUCGCCGUGCUGCUUAGCCUGUGCGCCGUGGGACUCGCCCCUCUCACGUUCAGCAACAAACAGGAAAUAUCCCAAUUGUCGACUGCUGUUGACGCCUUGAAGCGCGACCAAGACGACAUGUCCACCACUGUUGACGCCUUGAAGCGCGACCAAGACGACAUGUCCGCCACUGUUGACGCCUUGAAGCGCGACCAAGACGGCAUGUCCACCACUGUUGACGCCUUGAAGAGCGAACAAGACGACAUGUCCACCACUGUUGACGCCUUGAAGCGCGACCAAGACGACAUGUCCACCACUGUUGACGCCUUGAAGCGCGACCAAGACGACAUGUCCACCACUGUUGACGCCUUGAAGCGCGACCAAGAAGCCUUGCGCCGACUGUCCACCACUGUUGACGCCUUGAAACGUGACCUGGACAACGAGCGCAGCCCAACCGCCACCUCGGAGCCGCGUCUUCAAGAGAAAGCCUUACCAUGUUUUCCAGCAUCUUGCCCCGAAGGUUACACCAAGUGGCGUGGGAUCUGCUACAAGGCCUUCAACACAGACAAAACCUUCGACCAAGCGACCGCGGCCUGUGGCGAAGACGGCGGCACCCUCGCCAUGCCCCGAGACGCCGAGACCAACGCCUUCCUCAUCACCCUGCACAACUCCGUGAGCGAGUAUCGGCCCUUCUGGUUCGGCCUGCACGAUCAGCGCGAAGAGGGGAGGUUUGAGUGGGUGGACGGGUCUGCACUUGGGCCGUACAGCUCCUGGGGUCCGGGACAACCGGACAACUAUGGGGGCAGGGAAGAUUGCGUCCGUUACUUCGCGUACUCAGCCUGGAAAUACAAGUGGCUCGACCAUGACUGCCGCCUGAAGUUUUACUUCAUAUGCCAGACUGCUCCAGGUACUUAUUGUAUCCUCACUAUUUCCUAA